AUGCACUCGAUGCGUGGCAUUGUGCCCUUCUCCCGGCGCUUCGUGUCACCGCUACCCCUCCGUCGACUUUCACCUCCGCGAUUUGCAACAUUCUCUUCACAUUCUCAUUCUCGCGCCGCUAUGGAUGACAACAUUAAGAAGCAUUACUUGGCUGAUUCGCCGCCUACAGUCGUCAGAUUGGAGAUCAAGUCUCACUUUGACACUCUCAAAGACGAAAGCCUCCGGAAAUAUGCGCACUUCAUGAGCAGAGCUGCAUUCGAGGGCACUCGUGUCACUCUGCGCCAAGUCUCCCCCGAAUCCGAACCCAUCUACGACCUCAUCCUUUCCCUCUACCACGCUUCCAGUGGCGACUGGAACAGCCUUGCUCAGAAAACACUGGUCAGCACCGAAGAUCUCCGUUUCUUCCUGGAAUAUGCAGGACAAUUCCUGGGCAACUGCGGAAACUACAAGGGAUUCGGUGACUCCAAAUUUAUUCCUCGCAUCCCCGCAUCAGCCUUUGAGGCGCUGGCAUCGUCUACCCCGGAGACCAAGGCGGCUUUCCAAAAGGCAAAUAGCACUGGAGGAGGUAUCUAUGAGACCAGUGAACAGUCUAUGAUGCACCUUGGAUAUCCUGAUAGCGGCCACAUGACUACCUACUACCCUGAUUCACGCGCAAUCUCCAAGGAUGAGAUUACAGCCAUUGGUGAAUUGAUGGAGAAGAAGGGUUUGGCGUUGGAAAAUACUAGGAUUCGCAAGGCGCCCUCUGGUGACUUUGAGCUUUUGAUUGCUUCAGGCGUGUCAUCUCCUCCUGUCAGGGACCGUGACCUUGGUGAAGUAGAGACCUUUGACCUUGAGGGCGAUCUUAAGGGCAAGAAGCUGCGUCUCAUCUUUGGCGAUCACAAGGAAGAAAUGGCCAAGAUUGCCCACAGUGUCAAGCUGGCUGGCUUGAACGCUGCAAAUGAUAAUCAGAAGAAGAUGUUGAACUCCUAUGCUCUGUCAUUUGGUGCUGGAUCCAUUGAGGCUUUCAAGGAGAGCCAGCGUGUCUGGGUUAAGGACCAAAAGCCUAUUCUGGAGACUAACCUUGGCUUUGUCGAGACCUACAGAGAUCCUCACGGUGUGCGAGGUGAAUGGGAGGGUUUCGUCGCUUUGGUUAAUCUGGAACGCACUCGUGCUUUUGGUACUCUUGUAGACAGCGCUGAGAGCAUGAUUCCUAAGCUUCCCUGGGGCACUGAUUUCGAGAAGGACACUUUCCUCAGUCCGGACUUCACAUCCUUGGAAGUCUUAAGCUUCGCUUGCUCUGGUCUCCCAGCUGGCAUCAACCUUCCUAACUACGAUGACAUUCGCCAGAACCUUGGAUUUAAGAACGUGUCCCUAGGCAAUGUUCUUAGCGCCAAGGCCCCUAAUGAAGCCAUUCCUUUCAUCAAUGAAGCCGAUCAGGAAGUCUAUCGCAGAUGCCGCGAUCCCGCAUUCGAAGUGCAAGUAGGCAUUCACGAACUUCUGGGCCACGGUACUGGUAAGCUCUUACAGGAGACAGCGCCUGGGGAGUUCAACUUUGACAUCAAGAACCCUCCCAUCAGUCCAGUUACCAAUAAGUCUGUGUCAACCUGGUACAAGCCUGGACAAACAUGGAGCUCUGUCUUUGGGUCUAUUGCGUCGUCAUAUGAAGAAUGCCGUGCUGAGUGUGUCGCGAUGGCUCUGGGCUGCGACUUUGGCAUCCUGAAGAUCUUCGGAUUUGGCGAUGGCAAGGAGGACUUGUAUGGUGAAGCUGGCGACGUUUUGUUCGCUGCAUACCUAUCCAUGGCCCGUGCCGGUCUUGUUGCCCUCGAGUUCUGGGACCCCAAGACCCAGAAAUGGGGUCAGGCUCACAUGCAGGCUCGUUACAGUAUCCUGCGCACAUUCCUCGAGGCCGGUGAUGACUUUGUCAAGCUCUCAUACAGCAAGGACGAUCUGUCCGACCUGGAGAUCCGUCUCGAUCGAUCCAAGAUUCUGACUCAUGGACGUCCGGCUGUUGAGAAGUAUCUCCAGAAGCUACAUGUCUACAAGAGCACCGCAGACAUUGCCGCUGGUAAGGGAUUGUAUGAUGAUAUCACCUCUGUGGAUAGCUGGUGGGGAACCAAUGUGCGGGAUGUUGUUCUGAACAACAAGGUCCCUCGUAAGAUCUUCGUGCAGGCCAACACUAUCCUGGAAGGAGAUCAAGUCACCUUGAAGGAGUAUGAGCCCACUCUUGAGGGACUGAUCCAGAGCUUUGCUGAGCGCAAGGCACAACAUAACACGGUGUCGCGAGAAACGCCGCCGUCCCAUUCAUCAAACACGGCGUGUCCGCACCCGCCAGCGAACUCCCUAGAGGAGCACGACGACUACCACAUCGCACCCCCGCCGCACUCCCCAGCAGCGUCUGCCUCAAGCUCCUCAUCUCCAAACCCACCGCCCUUUUCAUCCCUUUUCUUCGCUACUUCGCCCGACCCCAAUCGCGCGAACAAAGUCACUGAGCCCGGCCCAGCUUACCACCCAGCAGUAGCACCUCCGACCCCAGUCGAGGCGCCGCUCGAACCGGCUCCUUCGUCGGCGGUUGUUGCUGAUACAAAAGCGUCUUUCUCCGAACCCAAAAACGAGGGCUCCGGAAAAAGCUCCGACGACGGCGAACCGCCUCCACCCUACGAAGAAGGAUACAGUCCGCUUGAGUCAUUCACCUACGUUAUGGCUGCUGCAGGAGGUGCUUCAAGCAUCAUCACCCAGGUGCAGCAAACGGGAGGCCCACCAAUCAAUACUCUGGGAGAUAUCGGCGGUGAUGAGCAUAUCACGCUGGACCUUCGCAUAUAUAGUGGUACCCGGUUUACUCUUUCGCGGGACGAGUUGUUAACCCUACCGGAAUUUGUCCUGUUGUCUUUGUUCCCGAAUGGCCUACUUCCUAACGGACAUGCCACCACAAACGGUUUCCAUGACAGUGAUGUCUAUGCCGUCGAUUACGACCCGGCUUCGCUCCAGUACAUGUUGGACUUCUUCCGCACUGUUGCUCAAACCAUCCCAUCGUCAUUGCCAUCUGGCUCUACUUCCCCGGAGAUGGAGAUGCCCGAUGCCAUGCAUGGCUCAGCCCGUGAUAUGCUUCAAGAUCGCGCUGGUAUUAUCGUACUUCGUGAGGAUCUCGACUUUUACGUUAUCCCUCCUCGCCCUGAGAUUGGACAUGAAGAAAUGCUUGAAGUGAAGCGAGCUGCCGGCCGAUCUUUGUUGAGACAGGAUGGAAUAUUCUCAGGCCUCAGGAAAAGCGAGGAGAUUGGUUCAACUGAGCAGCAUCUGAUUGAGAUGUUGACGGCUGGUGGAUUUGAUCGUGAGGAUCAAUGGGGUCAUCGUGCCCCAGAGCCCAACAAAGCAGUUAUCUGCAGUCUUGCCCUCGCCAAGCUCCGCACCGACGUCCGCGGAGACCUAUCCAACAAUAAUGCAGUUGGUAUGGCUCAAAAGCUUCUUCUAUUCUGGAGGAAGCCUGCUCGACGAUGCUGGUGGGAGGGUAUUGAGCUCGAUGAUGUGGAGGGCGUCGAAGGACAGGUCAAGGUCUGGAUUCGACGUGUAUGGACUCUGGAAAUGAGCGUUAUUGGCCUUCGCUGA